GUUAACUAAACAAGAUUUGCGUAAUUUACGUGACAUGAUAAGAUGCUAAAUUAUUCGAAUUGUUACAACCAAAAUUAAUAAACUAAUUUUAAUUUCACUUCAAAUGCACUUGCAACAAAAAGGGACGCCAUUUUUGUUCCAUAUUUUUAAAUCUAAGUUGACUUUGUUCUAAAAUUAACACUAAUUUUUUUAUUGAAAAAUUAUAUGGCGACGGCACUUUUAUGUUCAUUACUCUGAGUGCCAGCUACAAUGACAGUGAUUACAAUAUUUCGUGAUUACAGGAGUGUUUUGCGUGUGUCCGUAUUUUUGUGUUUGUUACUAAAUACUAGUGGAUGUUGCCUAACUGACUGGGACUUGGACUUUUUGAGUGAUGACCUUUUUCCUGAUGUAUCCCCUUUACUGGCCAGUACCAAAUCUUUUUUAGAAGAUUUGCUAAAAAUAAACACUUAUUCUAUGGAUAAUGAAGAAGAAUCUCCGAUCUCCUCCGAACUAGUAGCCGAAUGUAUUAGAAGAGGUCGCGAACUUUCCCGAGCGGCUACCCGACGAAACAACGAGUUGGUUGGAAAUGGCGUCAGUCUGGAAGACUCCUCGCCUGCAAUGCUUCACUUUUUCUCCGCCAAAUUACCUUCGGAUGUCAGGAAAGCGUCUGAUGUUUCUCAUGAGAUUAUUUCUGCUACAAAGCUGCUGCAGAUGAAAAUGUGUUCUGGCAGUGUAACACCAAACUCAUUUGUAUCGUUCUUGGAGCACCAGGGAAUUCGGAUAAAGGACGCAACGUAUUGCCACCAAGUGAAGGUAUGCUGCAGCAGCAGCAACAAGUACAGGAUUAUUGAUGGUACAUGCAAUAAUAAGGACCAUCCUGAAUGGGGCAGGAGAGGAGCACCAUUCACCAGGAUCGCAACACCGCGGUAUGCUGAUGGAAUAUACGCGAUGCCAGUGGCAAAGAGUGGCCAUCAACUCCCUAAUCCUCGCGUCCUUUCCACGAGACUGUUCCAAGACCAGCCCAUCGGAAGCCGUGUGCUCAACAAUAUGAACAUGCAAUGGGGGCAGUUCGUUACACAUGACUUGGUGUUCCAAGUUAUGGAAGUCACUGACAAAGGUGGCAUCCAAUGUUGCUUAGGCGAAGGCAAAGGUAUACUUCCUUCAGAAUGGCUGAAUGAUAAAUGUAUUCCUAUAUCGGUGCCUGAUGAUGACCAGUUUUAUAGAUGCCAUGGUAUUAAAUGUUUAAACUUCGUUCGAAGCGUUACCACUCCCAGAGACGAUUGCAGUUUGGGACAUGCUGAACAGAUGAACACAGUGACCAGUUAUUUAGACGGAUCGCCAAUCUACGGUAGCGAUAAGAAGCUCGCGUCAAAGCUACGGAGUUGGAUAGGUGGACGACUGCGCCAGGAGUCACGGAAAGACUGUCUUCGGGGUUUCUUACCCAGUGUCAGUGACAAAUUCGCAGUAUGUGACUUAAGGAACUCAUCUGAACCCUGCUAUUUGGCUGGUGACACCAGAAUUAAUCAGACACCGACCUUGGCCAUGCUUCACACUUUACUACUAAGGGAACACAAUCGGGUAGCAGAUACCCUAAGUGACCUGAACCCUCUAUGGAGCGAUGAGAAGCUAUACCAGGAAGCAAGGAGGAUUGUCAUAGCUGAGAUACAGCAUAUCACGUACCAGGAGUGGUUGCCUGCUAACUUUGGGGAAUACUACCUCCGCUACUAUGGGAUAUCGCCAUCAACGCUGUAUACUCGAGAUUACAGUCCCGAAGUGAACCCUGGUAUCAUCAACAGUUUCGGAGCGGCAGCCUUCAGGUUCCUGCACACCGUCAUCAGCGAUAACAUUAUGACGUGUCCUAACAGUUACAAUGCUGCUUACUUGUACAAAUUAAGCGACCAUUACUUCAACCCAAGUCUUCUGGAAUCUUCUCCAGAUUCAUUUGACAACAUUGUACGCGGCAUCAUAGCGCAGAAUGCAGGAGAAUCAGAUCCUUACUGUUCAGGGGAGAUCACCAAUUUGCUGUUCAAGUCCCAUAAUAGAUGGGGUAUGGACCUCAUAGCCAUGGACAUACAACGGGGCAGGGACCAUGGGAUCGCGUCAUACAAUGACUUUAGGGAAAUCUGCGGGUUACCCAGAGCAAGAUGCUUCCAAGAUUUAUCGAAUGAGAUGUCACAAGACCGCAUAAACGCUCUUCAGCAUCUAUACGAGUGCGUGGACGACAUAGAUCUGUUCGUGGGUGGUGCCAUGGAACAAGACGUGUAUGGUUCCAUCUUGGGACAUACCUUCCAGUGCAUAGUGGCUGAACAGUUCUACAGGACUAGAAUAUCUGACCGGUACUUCUAUGAUAACGGAGAGAUGCCGCAUUCUUUCACUAGUGAUCAACUAAAAGAACUAAAGAAGGCAUCAAUGGCUCGUUUAAUCUGCGACAAUACGGACAGUGUGUACUAUGUACAGAAGAAAGCAUUUGAAGUGGAAUCUACUUACAAUCCCAAGUACAGAUGUGAUGAUUAUAAUGCUAUACCAUAUGUAGAUCUUACUGCUUGGAAACAACCCUCCAUCUUUGAUUAAUUAAAUAGAUACAUGCGCAAAACUUGCGCAAGUUGUUGGAGAUUUGCGCUACCGGUUUGCGCAAUUGCGCUAAUGAUUUGCGCAGAGUUGCGUGGAAGGUUUACACAGAGUUGCAUUAUCGAUUUGCGCAGACUUGUGCUAAAGGGCGAACCUUUGUAGACUUGCGCAUUGUCAUCUCUUUUAACUAUUAAUAUCCACUCUUACAACUAUUAUAUUAUAGAAAUAAUUAUACAUUACUUAUCAAUAUUGAAGUUAAAUGCAGCAUUGUUAUGCAUAUGUUAUAAGUUAGUAAAAUAAGUAUAUCAAAAUAUAUUUUGUGAUCAAUUAAAAAGACUACAAAUAUAUUUGAAACGUUUAAUAAAAUAAGAAAACAAGUUAUAACGUGUCAUGUACAUAUUAUUUUUAAACCUUAUACUUAUAGUAACAGAUAGUAGAUUUAUUCGAUAUAGAUAAAGUAUCACAAUUUAAUAUUUUAGCUACACAUUGACAAUGGUUAUUUACCCGACUGAAUUAGAAAUGGGUUAAAUGUAUACAUAAUGUUUUUUAUGGGAUAAGCCGGUUUAUCAGCGCCUCCCAUGGACAUCUGUAACACCAGAGGCGUUACAAGUGCGUUACCGGCCUUUUGGGAAUUGGGUAUUUGAGGAUUGUGGAGGAUUGGGGAUUUAGGAGAUUGGGGGGUAUUUGAGAAUUGGGCCUCCGUUAACCUCACUCACGCGAUAAAACACGCAAGCGAUGUUUCACGUCGCUUUUCUGGUUAACUCCUAAAGGAGUUCAAGUUCUAGUUCUAGUUCUAGUAUAUCACAUAUCUAUUCAUGUAUAAGCUGUAAACAGCUGUAAACAACUGUAAAAAGGUUUAUACAUACAUAGAUUAUAUCAUAGGUGUGCGAUGAUCUUCACAAGCUACAGGAUGAUUGAUAUUCAACAUACAUGAAGUGUUUUUAGAUUAAUCUUAUUACUUAAAUAGAUAUUGUGUCUAUUGAUACUAAAUAUGAAAGUCAAUGGCAAUAAAGACCAUUUUAAAGUACAAUUUUAUUUUAAGACAUUUUUUAAAACAUGACUUAAUGUAAAAUAUUAACAUUAUUGCACUACAAACAUUUAGAUAUAUUUUGGCAGGAUAAUCAACAACCUUUACUUAAGUCUGAUUAGCAGACUUGUUUAGUUUAUAAAAAUUAAAGUAUAAUUUCGCGUAACUCUUAAAUAAGUUCUAGUCGUAUUUAGUUCUAUGUAAAGGACAUGUAGGGAUGUUACUUCUAAUUUGUUGAAAUGGUUUCCAACAUACUAUUAUUUAUUCAUAUGUUAUUCUUUGAGAGAACCUGAAGUGUGUAAUUCAGGCCAUGGUGCUUUUAGAGCACUAUCACUUUGUCAUUAAAACAUCACUAUUUGCAGGUUAAGUAACUAUUUGUAGAUUCACUUGUCCAUUUAGUUCACUUUUCCAUUUUUAGGGUUCAGCUCUGUGAACUAUUGUACUCAAAUGAAAACAAUUUAGUUUAGACCUAGGAAUAUGGCCACAAAAAUCAGCUUUAAUACAAUCAGUCGAUUUUGGAAUGUUCAUUUUGUUAUUUGCCUUAACAAAACUAUGAUGACGGCAGAAUACAAUUACACAUAACAUCAUCCCCGAAGGGAUGGCUACCCUUUGGCUAGAGGUGCACAUUACGGCACUUAAUGCCAC